GUGAUACAAAUGGUAGUGAUGGUGGUGGUGGCACCAGUGGCUGCGCGGCACCUCGGCUCGCGACGGAUCUCCCCAACACGCCUUCUUUUGACAGCGGGGUUGCCUUCAACUCCUUCGUUGGCGUUGGAUUUCUCGCGCCGUUACGACGCCGUCGUCGCGCCGUCACCUAUCAACCCCAGUUUCUCCACAGCGGCCUUCCCCACAAAGACCCCGCCGGAGCCGUGCGCGAAGCCAUAGCUCCAAGCUCAUCCAUCAUGCCGCUCCUCGACCUUCGCGAGUUGCGCUCGUUCCCCUCGGGCGACAAUAACACAGACACGCUCAUCAACGGCGUGCAUUUCAACCUGACCGCGCUCAAGUACUACAAUUACACCGUCUACAGCAACAACACCAUCUCCAAUAGAUCAAGAUGCUAUCUCAUCUUCGACCAGUAUCAACCUACCAUGUUCAGCAACGGCAGCUGGGUCAAUGGCACCUCGUGCUACGUACCAUAUUAUGGCAUCAAAGCGCGUGGCGCCAUCGGGAUUGGCUUCGCCGCCCUGUUUGCCGCGAGCAUCAUGUUCACUCUGAUCAACCUGCGGAAACAUGGACGAAUGUUCUUGAGAGAGGAUAAGCGGUUCCGGAUUAUAGGGAGGCGAUGGCAAUGGUACUGGAUGUGCUUUGUCGCGGCAUGCGGCAUCAUCAGCACCAUCACUGGAGUUGAUGUCGACCGGGAUUAUCUGCAGCAGCUUGCGAUUGUACUACAGAGCUUCUUCUACUGCCUGAUGCUUCCGGGGACGUUGGCCAUGGUCUGGGAGGCUACCAGACAUUGGGGAUCCUGGCAGGAAAGGCAAAUUUGUGACAGAGACCCUUUCCUUCUUCCCCAAGAUGACAAGCGGGGCCAAUUCGAAUUCUGGAUACCGCUAGUCUUCUAUAUGUUUGCCUGGCUAAACUUCUUCAUGGUCAUUCCUCGCUCGUGGACUGCCCUUGAGUAUCAGCGCUCCCCUUGGCAACAAUCCCACUACGCCCAGCCUUCCGCAACUGACAGCCGGCAUAAAGCAGGUGCCAUCAUUGCUUUUUGCGCCUGGGUGGUAAUAAUCGUCUCUCUUCACCACAGUCUCCACCACUACCGUCCCCGUACGACUGGCCUCUGGAACCGUUUCAACACAUUUUGCCAUUACUGUCCCACCAAGCUCUUCCUCUACAUCAUCAUCCUGGGCAUCCGCGUUAUCUAUGCCAUAGCCAGUGCCUGGAUCUGGGAAAUCAACCUAUUCAAAUACGACGUCGAGCCCGGGUGGCCAUACGGGCUCGGCUACGGCACCACAGCGCUGCUCCUCAUCAUGAUGAACAUCUACGGCUACGUCGACGAGAACGAAGACCGCCUGCUAAUCCAGCAGCGACAAGAGCGCGGCCGCAGCGCCGACGCCGAGCUCGGCCUCACCAAGAAGCCGCACUGGUGGGCCAAAGCCCGCGGCGACACGCACCUGAGCCCGGAGCAGCGGCUGCGCGCGCUCGCGACCGAAGGGCCCGGCGGCCGCGCUGCUCUGCCGCGCGCAAACGUCGAGCUGCAGUCGUUCGCCCUGCCCUCGCACUACAGCAUCCCGUCGCAGGCUGGACGCCGCAGCACGAGCGAGCUAAGCUCCGACGACAUCGAGCGCGCCAUUAGGCGGCUCAGCGAGGACCCGUUCCACGAUCCUCCGCUCGAGCUCGAGGAGGGCGGCAUGGGCGCCAGAGUGGUGAGGAGGGGCGAGAACAACGACGCGGCGAGCACGCGCACCGCCGACACGGCCAGGUCGGGCAUGACAGGGCAGACGCUAACGGAGAAUUAUCCGCCGCAGAGGGUGAGGAGCAUGCUGGAUAUUUAAGGAGCGAGAGACUAUUGGGACGCGGGGGAAGCUAAUGAUUUUGGGACCGGCGUUGUUUGCUGUUCCGGGGUUCUAGCAGUUUGGUGCGGCGCGCCGGGUGGAAAGGAAUCGCGGGUGGCUGGGAAAAAGGCGCAAUUCUGCGAGGCGGGACGACAGUCAUUUCAUCAGGCUACGGGGGGGGGGGGGGGG